CUCGUCGCCUGCUGCCCUGGCGCUUCAGCUCGGCUCCGCGGGGUCCCAGCGCCGUCGAGUUGGAGCACGCGAGGACUAUAAAGUUAAGAGCGGACUAUCAUCUGCGGUGCGCGUGUGCGGAAGAACAACACUGGACAACAAACUUCAACAUCUGCCGGACGAGCUUCUCACACUGACGGCGUCAUGGAGGAGGAAGAGGCCCCGGUUGAAGGCGAGGUGGAGACCCCCUUUGCCGCGGAGACCUACGCCGCUGAGGCCAUGGCUGCAGACAUGGACCCCUGGAUUGUGUUCGACUCCAGAAGAACACCCAGGUCCGAGUUCGACGGCUGGCUGGAGAGCAACAGGCCCUCGCAAGUGUACAGAUUCGGCGACGAGGAAGGGGGUGGACGCCCUGUGGGGUGGAUCGCCGUGCUGGGCCCGAACUACUCCCCCAGUGUUGGUGAUGUGAUGGGUCUCCAGGAGAGCUGGGAGAAACUGUUGGGCAGUGGCCGCUCUGUCUCCUUCCAGGCAGUGAAGGAGCUGGCCCUGAACCACGGGGUGCUCUCAGGCAAGUGGCUAAUGCACUUGGAAUCUGGUUUUAAGAUGGACCACGCGUGGGAGUGUGUGGCCAGAGCAGCCCUGGAUGGCAAGAUCUCCCAGGUUAAAGUCAGUUCCUUCGAUCCCAAGGGAGAGGGCAAGCAGGUCAUAUGUGCCUAUAACCAAAACUUCACUGAUGAGAGCGAGGUUAUAAGGCUGGACUCUGCCAUUCGUGCCACAGGGGUCAAAUGCGCUCUAACCUACAAGCCAGACGCGUACACACACCUGGGAAUCUACCGCAGCAACCGCUGGAAGCUCUGCCCCACCAUUUACGAGAGCAAAUUUGACCUGGAGUGCGUACCAAGGCGCUCCCACAUCAUCAAUAAAGUCACCAAUCUUGAAGUGACAUGAGCCGGUCUGAACAAGAGGGUUAGUUUUGCAGGACGGGUAAAUGAAAAGCCACUUAAAGAUCUCAUGAGAUGGGUUGGAUAGUACCACACUGAUUUUUAUCAUGGAGUCAGUGGUUGAAUUUUGAUCUCAAGUUCUUCCUUUUUGCAAAAAAGGCACUAAAUCUCAUUUGUUUUGUCUUCUCAUGCUGUAAUACAUUCUAAGUGACCUGAAAUGUCGUCACAUUUUUUGUAUUGAAUAUAUUGUAUUCAUAAGUAAGAAUAUUUGUAUUCUUCAGGUUCUGUUUAGAAGUUCUUGAUUUGUACUGAUAUAUGUUCAGGGGGAAAUAAAUGCAUCAGAUGAAGCAUUUCUUUAUGACAAUAUACAUCUCAUUUAUUUUUUUCUUACAGAGUUGCCAAAUAAAAAAAAA